AUGUAUUUUACAAUACACUGUUUUUGUCAUCAGAAAUUUCACAACGACCACAGGCUUCACAUGGAUAGCGAGGAGGCGCUAGAUCGGCCAUUCCGUUUCUUAGUUACUGGCCAGUAUAUCGCCGUUCACUAUGACGGCCAGAAUUUCGAACUCCAUACCAACCACCACCUUUGUGGUGACCUGUUUUAUCUAUCCGAUGACGAGGAAAAGAUAAUCCACAAUGGCACCUAUAUUGGCCACUUGAAGAGCCAUUCCGACUAUCGAGAUGAUGUAUUUUAUAUCUGCCGUGGGGUGCAGUAUCUUUCGCAGAGUGGAUCGUGGACAGCCAGCAUUCUUGAUGCGCUCAUGUUUGAGAUUCAUCCUAUGAACAUAUUUGACGACCUUAGCAACGUCAAUGUUCUCACAUCACUUUCUGAUCCGGUCAUUAACGAUCACAACCCUAUCUCUGCGGAUGGUGUUGAUCUUUACCACCCCAACGCGUAUUUCUGUCUCUAUCCCCUUACUGGUGACUGUCUCUGGACAGGGGAUGCAGGCGACUUCAAGUCCGAGCUCUUCUUUGGCGGGGAUAUAUACAGCAAUGGACAAACCUUCCGCCUCUCCAUGAAUGACGGGAAGACGAGGAUCCAAUCAGGCGACAGAUUCCUUACCGUCACACUAAGACCCGACACCACAGAGUACCUGCCCGAAGCGUGUCGGCAGCACAAUGCAUGGAGCAAAUGCCCGAAAUGUGCGCAUUGGUACUCCCUUGGCUUUCAAUCUGUAGCUGACAAUUGUUUUACUUUGAUUCCUCGAGGGCUUCCAAGCAUGUUUGUUUUGUAUGAUGGUGCAUACUAUCACCGUGUUUCUGUCCUCAAGGCUAGCUAUGCCACGACAGACCGCGUUGAACGUAUUGAGGAUGCAUCUCUGUUCCAGUUUGUCAGCGUGUAA